AUGCAGGCAGCUUCGUCGAAUUCCCGGAUGGAGAAGCGGCGCCAUCUUUACGCCCGUGCUACCGCCCAUAAUACUCCCUUUCUACCGAGACGCCACAAGUUUCACUACUUAAACACCAUGGCAGACAGGGAGAACUCUGUAUACCAGGCAAAACUCGCCGAACAAGCGGAGAGAUACGACGAAAUGGUGGAUUCGAUGAAGGUGGUGGCUAGCAUGGACGUAGAGCUGACGGUCGAGGAAAGGAAUCUGCUGUCUGUAGCAUAUAAAAAUGUGAUCGGAGCAAGAAGAGCCUCGUGGAGGAUAAUCAGCAGCCUAGAACAGAAAGAAGAAAACAAAGGUGGCGAGGACAAACUAAAGAUGAUCCGCGAGUACAGGAAAACGGUGGAGAAAGAGCUGAAAUCAAUUUGCAAUGACAUUCUGGAUGUACUGGACAAGCACCUCAUCCUAGCUGCAACCAUGGGAGAAUCUAAGGUUUUCUAUUACAAAAUGAAGGGAGAUUACCACAGGUAUCUGGCAGAGUUUGCCACAGGCAAUGACAGGAAGGAGGCAGCUGAGAACAGUUUGGUAGCUUACAAAGCUGCAAGUGACAUCGCCAUGAUUGAACUUCCUCCAACACAUCCUAUUCGUCUUGGAUUGGCCCUUAACUUUUCUGUUUUCUAUUAUGAAAUCCUCAACUCGCCAGACCGUGCUUGCAGGUUGGCAAAGGAAGCAUUUGACAAUGCCAUUGCAGAACUGGAUACGUUGAGUGAGGAAAGCUAUAAGGACUCAACACUUAUCAUGCAGUUGCUACGUGACAACUUGACACUAUGGACCUCAGAUGUGCAGGGUGACGGUGAAGAACAGAACAAAGAAGCACUGCAAGAUGCAGAGGAAGAAGCUCAGUGAGACUGAACAGCACAAGAUGAGCCCUCCUCUCGCUCCUUUCCCUCCUCUUAUUUUCCUGUUCGCAGCACUAGCUCCUGUCCCCUGCUGCACUUGCCUGCAAGGUUCAUUCUUCAGCCUACUCUUUCUCUACCGUUUCUUCCAUUUCUGCCUCAGCUUUUCUCUUCAUAUGCAUGUCACCUCUUUCCCUUGAGGGCUGACCUAGGUCCUUGUAUCCACUACCCAGGGAUUUCACCUUUUUCUGACCUGCUCUGCAAGCCUGUACCCUUUAAAGUUAAUGUCUUCUUUUACUAAUUUUACUUUGCUUUACUCUUCCGUAUCUGUUGCCAAGUAAGCUUGCCUCCAUUUGAAACACAGAUGCAAGAGUUUAUUAAAAUAUACUUUUUUUUUUUCUUCCUGUGUAUGUGUGCUUAUGAGCAGCAUCUUGUCCAUGCUGCCGAGUUCCAAACAAAUCUUUAAGGAAUAUAGUGGUGGUGGAUAGUUGAAAAGGGAUGUGGGGAAGCUUUUAGGAAGAACCUAGUGCCCACUUCACUGUGUGGUUAGCAUACUUUUCUUGCAGCACAUUAUGGUUUAAUUUUGUGACAAAAAUCUGAAUGUCCCCCUCUUUGUGCAUCACGGAACUCUACUCUCUCACAUUCAGACCAAGUAUUUUGCUGCAAGACUGUAGCGCUUUUGCAAAAGGCAGUUAGUUGGGUUAUGGCGUUUUAACAGACAAAAUGUGCGUCAGAGAGGAAUGCUCUGCACCCUUGAUUGUAAUGCAGUUUUGCUUUGGCACUAUGUAAACAAUAUGGUCUACUGUAUCUUUACUCCCCUGACUUUUUCAGGUUUCCCUUUCUCAUGUCUCUUUACUUUCAUUUCUUCUCUUCAGUAUGUGUAACGUGAAUCUGAUUUGUACUACUGGAUAUUCUCAUCGGAGCCACAAGUACCAUCUGUAUUCUUACAGAAACACAGCAUGGAAUUAACAUUAAAAAUCAAAUAGAAAAUGUUAAA